AUGGAUUCCUUGUCGUCUCCUCCAAUCGACAGCCCCGAGGGUAGCAACGUCCUCGACGGCUCGACGGCCCCUACGACGCCAGAAGGCAGCUACAUGUCCAGCCCGCUAUUACGUCCACAGGUUCUUGAGGCACUUGACAUGGGCAUUACCCAGACAAGGCCGGUUCGCAAUAUUUGUUGCGUCGGUGCGGGAUACGUUGGCGGCCCCACGGCAGCAGUGAUCGCUUUCAACAACCCACACAUCCGCGUGACAGUGGUCGACCUCAACGAGAGCCGAGUUCGACGCUGGAACAGUAGACACCCCCCGAUCUACGAGCCUGGCCUCGUGGAGAUCGUGCGGUUGGCCCGAGACGGCGCGUGGGAAACAAAAUUCGUUAACGACCCCACGACAGCCGUCCACGUUGAUGAUGGAAAGGCCCUGGCAGGUGCAUCACCAGCCAGCCGGGAGAUAAUCGUGCCGGCCAGACAGCCGAAUCUCGUCUUCAGCACCCAGGCAGGCCAAUGCAUCUCCGAGGCAGAUGUCGUCUUGAUCAGUGUCAACACGCCAACUAAGACGCGCGGCGCGGGGAAGGGAUGUGCAACAGACAUGACGGCGUUUGAAGCAGUCACCGCUGAGAUCGCACGACACGCAAGACCGGGCGCGAUCAUUGUGGAGAAGAGCACUGUGCCGUGUCGGACAGCCCAGCUGGUACAGGAAACGAUGGCCGUCCACCGCCCUGGCGUGCACUUUGAGAUCCUCUCGAACCCCGAAUUCCUGGCAGCCGGCACGGCUGUACAAGAUCUUCUCUACCCAGACCGCGUUCUCAUCGGCUCCUCGCCCACUCCAUCAGGCCGGAAAGCCGCCUCGGCCCUUGCGUCAGUGUAUGCAGGCUGGGUGCCACGCCAGCGGAUUAUAACCACUAACGUAUGGUCCUCCGAGCUCGCCAAGCUGGUUGCCAAUUCGAUGCUCGCGCAGCGUAUAUCCUCGAUCAACUCGAUAGCAGCUGUAUGCGAGCAGACCGGCGCGGACGUGGACGAGGUCGCAACUGCGAUCGGUGUUGACCCACGCAUCGGCAACAAGUUUCUCAAGGCAGGCAUCGGCUUUGGCGGGUCAUGCUUCAAGAAAGACGUGCUGUCGCUCGUGUACCUGGCGCAGAGCCUCGGGCUGGACGAGGUGGCAGAGUACUGGAGACAGGUCAACGCCAUGAACGAGUACAGCCGGAACCGGUUUGCGACACGGGUAGUGCGGUGUCUGAACAAUACGCUGGUUGGGAAAAAGCUGGCUGUUCUGGGCUAUGCGUUCAAGAAGAACACCAACGACACGCGUGAGUCGCCUGCGUUGGAGAUUAUUCGAACAUUACUGGAUGAAGGUCCCAAGGAGGUUGCCGUGUUUGAUCCGUGCUGCAAUCCGGCCACGGUGCGCGACGAGAUCAAGCAGCUACUAAGGGGCUGCGAGGGCAUUGAAGCCGGCCGUAUAUUAAAGGAGGAUGGCGGGCCAUUGGCCGUGUAUGAGAGUGCCUACGAGGCGUGCGCGGCUGCUGAUGCUGUCUUGAUCACGACCGAGUUUGACGAGUUCAAGAACGGGCCGGGCAGAGCCAGGAUUACUCCUAACCCUGCGAUCAUGAGCACCACUCUCUACCCGUCCAAGUCUUCACCACAAAAGGCGCCCGGCACAUUUGACCCUCGACCUUUUGAAACGACAGAACCGAGCGAGCUGCAGUUGUUAUCACUUCGCAAGUUCCUGCUCAAGUCACUACCAGUCACAUCGCUGACCGCGCCUGGCUCUACAUCUGCAUCUCCGUCGUCGCCAUCCAACCCCCUACAGAGGUUCCAUGCUGAGCCAGCCUGCGAUGUUAGCUGCCCCGACUGCAACCUCGAGAAGAGCGGUCACAUACCGAAUGAGCAAUACAAGCCCAAAGAGAGGGUGGAUUGGGCUAAAGUCAGCUACCACAUGAAAAAGCCUAGAUGGGUAUUUGAUGGAAGAGGGGUGCUCGACGUGACGGAGAUGGAGAGGCUCGGAUUCCGGGUUGAGAGUGUCGGGAGAUAA